CCCGUCUUCUUCCACGUCUACGACGUCGGCAAGUCGAAGCACAUCCGCCGGUUGAACCGCGUGACCGAGGUCGUCGGCGGCGGCGUGUUCCACGGCGCCAUCGAGGUCUGCGGCGCGGAGUUCAGCUUCGGCGGCUGCCGCGCGCAGCGGAGCGGCGUCUUCAAGUGCGAGCCGACGAAGUGCCCCAUGCACGGGUACCGGGAGUCGGCCUACCUCGGGGACUGCGGCCUGAAGCCGCCCCAGGUCCAGGCGAUCCUCGCGGCGCUGUCGCCGAACUGGUACGGGCCGACCUACGACCUCAUCCGCAAGAACUGCUGCUCGUUUUCCAAGGCCUUCGCCGUCGAGCUCGGCGUCGGCCCCGUGCCCGCCUGGUCCCACCGCCUCGCCGACGCGGGC